AUGGUGUUCGUGGUGGACAGUAGUGACCGGGCCAGUAUAGGGGACUCUCAGAAGGCUCUGAAGAAUGUUCUGUCCGACGACAACAUGAAGGGAAUACCUCUGAUGGUGCUGGCUAACAAGAAGGACCUCCACAACACCAUGAACAUCAGAGAGGUGUCCAACCAGCUGGAGCUUCCCAGCUACAAAGACCGAGCCUGGCAGAUCCAGGCAUGCAGCGGCCUGAAGGGAAUGGGGCUCCAGCAAGCAUUCCUCUCUGUGGCCAAACUCAUCAAGAAGAGCAGAGAAGAGACACGUCAGUGGAGAUAUCACUGUGUGAGAGACACUUGA